UCCAUUGGAGGUGCUCUUAAUUACUAGUGAGGAUGCUAGCCAUAGACGGCAGUGUUUAAGAAGACUUUGAGUCUGGGUUACUAGAAGUGGAUGGAACCGUUGGGCUGGUCGAGGGCAGCAUCGGUUAAUCUGAAUCAUUGCUUGCUGCUAUGGGUUUGGUUGAAUGCUUGGAGUUGUCAUAGUCUUUGAGUGAAUGGAUGUUUUUUGCUCCUGCUUUAGUUCUGGAUUCUAGUAUUUAUCCGUUUGUUUUGAUUUAACUCGUAAGUUACCUUGAUGUAGGUUUUAGCAGUUUGUUUUUUAGGUUUUGUUUCCGGGGCUAUCUGUUAUCAGCCAGCUUAUAUGGAAAAAAAAAAAUACAAGUCAGUACAAACUAUUAAUUUUGAAGCCCAACACUUGUUAUAUAUUGGACGAAUAGUGUUAAAGCCCAGCAGCAGAGCAGAGAUCAGAUCAGUGAGCUUCCUUGCUUGAUCAACAAUGGAAUACCGCAAAAUCAAAGAUGACGACGAUGAGGUUCAGGAGGAUAACGACGUCGCUUCGGAUCUCGAGAGCUUGAAAGGAAAAUCUCACACCGUUGCGUCGAGUAACAUUGCUCUGGCUACUCUAGGUGGUGGUGGUGGAUCCACUGAGCGUAUAAACUGGAAACGAAAGGGUGUAGUCACAUGUGCACUGACUAUUCUCACGAGUUCUCAAGCCAUACUCAUCGUUUGGUCUAAGCGAGCUGGCAAGUAUGAGUACAGUGUCACUACCGCCAACUUCUUGGUUGAGACUCUGAAAUGUGCGUUAUCUCUGCUUGCAUUAACAAGAAUAUGGAAGAACGAUGGUGUUACUGACGACAACAGGUUGAGCACAACAUAUGACGAAGUUAAAGUCUUUCCCAUUCCUGCAGCUUUGUAUCUUUUCAAGAAUCUCUUACAGUAUUAUAUUUUUGCAUACGUAGACGCACCAGGCUAUCAGAUAUUGAAGAACCUGAACAUCAUAAGUACUGGUGUCUUGUACAGAAUUAUACUUAAGAAAAAGUUGAGCGAGAUUCAGUGGGCGGGCUUCAUCCUAUUGUGUUGUGGAUGCACCACUGCUCAACUCAAUUCAAAUUCUGAUCGUGUACUUCAGACAUCUCUUCCCGGUUGGAUUAUGGCGAUUAUUAUGGCCCUUUUAAGUGGUUUCGCCGGAGUGUACACAGAGGCUAUUAUAAAGAAGCGACCUUCAAGGAAUAUAAAUGUACAGAACUUCUGGCUAUAUGUCUUUGGGAUGGCUUUCAAUGCUGUUGCUAUUGUGAUCCAAGAUUUUGAUGCCGUUGCUAAUAAGGGAUUCUUCCAUGGUUACUCAUUCAUCACAGUACUCAUGAUUCUUAACCAUGCUCUCAGUGGCAUUGCUGUGUCAAUGGUGAUGAAAUAUGCAGACAAUAUCGUAAAGGUUUAUUCAACAUCAGUGGCAAUGCUUCUCACCGCGGUUGUCUCUGUAUUCCUCUUCAAUUUUCAUCUUUCCCUUGCCUUCUUUUUGGGUUCAACGGUCGUCUCUGUUUCAGUAUAUUUGCAUUCAGCCGGGAAGCUACGAUAGUAAAAGAUAAAGCUUUUGAACAGUUGCGAUUUUGUAGUUGGUGUAUAUUGAAUAUACGUUACUGUCUGAAAGUGAAGCUAUGUUGUUGAAACAUUGCAUUUUAUAUAUAUUCGUUACACGUUUUCCAUUUA